AUGAAAUCGUUCUUUGUUCUUUUGCUCUUGUUUUGCUACAAAAGUGCCGAUGGUGCGACGACAGAUCCGAUUGUAUCAAAUCAACCAACCUCUCAGGCAGGAUUUGCAUUAGAGAUGAUCUUGGCGAAGCUGAACAUCUUGGAGCAUCAAUACAUCGAACGGCAACUUCAAACCGAUGAGAAAAUUACAAUUCUAACCGCCCGAAUCGAGCAGCUUGUAAAGUCGAUUGAAAAUUUGUCUUGGAUUGCACAAAACACAGAAGAAACCGUUCACCAGCUCGGAUUGACGGGGAAGCACAUGCAGCAAAACGUCACCUUCAUCCAGCGCGAUCUUACCGAGCUUCUCGCUGGUCAGAAGCUCGUGGUAACAACGCACCAGUUUGGAGACUACGUCCUCAACAAAGGAUGUAACACAUCAACCGUUUCGUGGACCAACGACGAACACUACACCACAUACAAAUCGUGCAGCAAGAUACCGUUCAAGCAGUCCGGUGUGUACAGAAUCCGUCCCGAAAAGCCUUUCAAACAACCGAUAACGGUAUUGUGUGAUCUGGAGUUCGAAUCCGGUGGAUGGACCGUUAUUCAGCACCGUUUCGAUGGGUCGGUCAACUUCUACCGCGGAUGGAAGGAUUACACCGAAGGGUUUGGCAAUUUCGAUGGGGAGUUUUGGUUAGGAUUGGAACGGAUCCAUCAGCUGACCGUGUCGGAGCCGCACGAACUGGUGAUCUUGUUGGAGGACUUCGAUGGCAAUAAGACGAUUGCCCGGUACGACCAGUUUCAAAUUGGCACCGAAAUACAGCGAUAUCAGCUUACGACAAUCGCCGGCUACAGCGGUACGGCCGGUGACUCGUUGAGUGAUUUGAAGGGAAAUUCAUUCACCACGCAGGAUGCUGAUAAUGAUACAUGGGAUAAGAACUGCGCUGUAAGCUACCACGGCGCAUGGUGGUACGGUGCCUGCCAUGCCAGCAAUUUGAAUGGCAAAUAUCUACGAGGAGAAACAACGGAGUCCGCCGUGGGUAUGGUGUGGAAAUCAUUCCGAGACUAUGAUUAUGCGUUGAAAUCUUCCAAAAUGAUGAUAAGGCCCAAGGCGACAUGA